AUGUGUGAGCCGCGGGAGUUCUGGUCCAAUUACAAGUGUGACACUUCUCCCUCCAGGUUCAUGAACAGCCUGGGUACGAUGUUCUCCUUCAUCUCGAGCGACGCUGUCAGCAAGCUCAACAUCCUGGAGGCCUACCGCACUGGCCCGCACGCCGACAGCUACCGCUCGCUGCAGACCAUGGCACGCUUCGAGUCGGAGGCCGGUGACCUCGUCGCCGCCUCCAAGCGCGACCCACCCUCCGGCUGCCGCACCUUCCUGCGCCUCCACCGCGCCCUGCUGUGGCUGCGCCUCUUCUUGGAGCGGCUGCGCACGAGCGGCGAGAACGACCGUCCAUCUACGAUGUGCUCCGAGGCGUACGACCGCUCCCUGUCAGAACAUCACCCGUGGAUCGUGCGCCAGGCUUCCUCCGUGGCCUUCCGCCUGCUGCCUACGCGCAGCGCCUUCUUCGAGGUGAUGCACGUGGGUGCCGAGGAGCAGGUGGUUGCCAUGCUCGGAGAGGCCGUGCCUGCCAUCGAGAAGGUUUACGAUGUCUCCCAGGCCGUCUACACUGAGCACAAUAUGCUGGACUUGCCGUAA